AUGCUUAACCGCGUUUUUGGCGUAAACGUUUGUUGUGUUUAAACUUUUAUUUAUGUUUGAAUAAUUUUGCUGUCUGACUAGUGCAGUAAUUAAUAACAACGUUUUAAGUUGUUUCCAAGAACUAUUGGUCAAUUAUAAAAAUGCAGAAAACAAAGAAGAAAAGGGGAGAAGAAGAACCAAUGGAAGUUGAUGAAAAUCCGAGUUCUUCCAGCCAUCAAAAUGGUAAUAAUGACGAUGAAAUUGGAGAAAUAGAUCAUAUAUCUGAUGAUGAAGAAGGUGGAGUACGUAUAGGCGAUAUCUACAUUCCUCCAGCGCCGAAACCAGCUUUAACAUUCGACACAACUGGACCAAGAUUAAUUAUUACUCAUAUUGUUAAUGAAAAUUUUAAAAGCUAUGCAGGUGUGCAAACACUGGGCCCUUUUCACAAGAGUUUCACAUCUAUAAUUGGACCAAAUGGAAGUGGCAAAAGCAAUGUAAUAGAUUCUAUGUUGUUUGUAUUUGGCUAUCGAGCGACAAAAAUCAGAUCCAAGAAAAUAUCUGUUCUGAUUCACUCUUCUAGCAAAUUCCCAAAUAUAACAAGUGCGUGUGUUGCUGUACACUUCUGCCGGAUUGUUGAUGGGGAUGGCGAAGAAUUUACAGUAGUUCCUAAUAGUGAGAUAGUUGUAUCUCGGACGGCAUUCAAGGAUAAUUCCUCAUAUUAUACUUUAGAUAAACGCCGAGUGCAAUUUAAGGAAGUUGCUAAGAUGUUACGAUCACAUGGUAUUGAUUUAGAUCAUAAUCGUUUUUUGAUUUUGCAGGGUGAAGUAGAACAAAUAGCAAUGAUGAAGCCGAAAGGCUUAACAGAACAUGAAUCUGGUAUGCUUGAAUAUUUAGAAGACAUAAUUGGCACAUCCAGAUAUAAGGAACCGAUUGAGAAACUCGCCAUAAAAGUGGAGGAAUACAGUGAAAUGCGUAAAGAAAAACUCAAUAGGGUUCGCCUUGUUGAGCAAGAGAAACAGAAAUUAGAAACACCAAUGCGUGAAGCGGUUGAGCUGAUGAAUUUAACCAACGUCGCCCUGAGGACCAGAAAUACAUUGUUGCAAAAAUAUAUACAUGAAACAAAUAAGAUAAUCGAGAACAAAACUAAGGAGCUAGAUGAACUUAAAGACGUAUUAACUAAAAUUGAUGAAAAAUUAACAAAACUUAAAGAAGAAUUGCAGAUAAAAACCACAGAGUUGAAAAAUGGUACACAAAAAUACGAUGAUCUUCAAAAGAAAAAAGACGAAAUUGGUGAAAAAUUGCAGACAAGUAAAAGAAAGACGGUUACAGUACAAGCGGAUAUCUCACAGUCGAAUAAGAAAAAGAAGAAUCUGGAACAACUUCUUGAACAGGAGAGGGGAAAGUUGAUCGACUUAGAAAUGAUACCGGAUAAAAAUAAACGCGAGAUUGAAGAUUGUGAAAAACUAUUGGACAAACAUAAGGAAAGUAAAGUCAGUGCUGAUGAGGAGCUGCAAACUGUCAUGGCGGGUGUUCGGUCAAAAACUCAAGGACUUCAGGAACAAAAGGAUAGAUUACAAUCAAAGCUGAUAGAUUUGAAGAAGAUAGUGGAUGAAGCGAACAAGGAACACAAGUUAGCUGAUUCUGAACUAAAGAUAUAUUUAAGUACGGAACAGCAGGAAGUUGACAAGUAUGAGAAGUUCAAGGAAGCCUACGCGAAGGCAAAGAGAGAUUUGGAAGAGAAGAAAUCAUUGAGAGAAGACUUGUCAUCGACGAUACCAAUGCAAGAGAAUCAGCUGACCGAAAUACAAGCGAAACUUCAAGCUUUGAAAGAAGAAGAAGCAACAAUUUCCAGCGAGGCUAGAACAUUAAGAGCUCAGUUAGAAGAGUCACGUCAGGCGAUGAGUGCUAACAGGUCACGAGGUCGGGUGUUGGACUCGCUAAUCAAGGAGAAAAACGCUGGUCGACUACCCGGUAUAUUUGGUAGACUGGGCGACCUCGGCGGUAUAGACAACAAAUACGACGUAGCGAUAUCGACGUGCUGCGGAGCGCUGGACAACAUCGUGGUGGACACGGUGGAGACGGCGCAGGCCUGCGUGGAGUACCUCAAGCAACACGACAUCGGGCGAGCCACCUUCAUCGCGCUCGACAAACAGACACAUUUGAUACGACAUUACCAAAAUAAACUUACAUAUCCAGAAAACGCACCGCGUCUCUUCGAUCUGGUGAAAGUAACCGAUGAAAGAGUGCUACCGGCGUUUUACUAUGCGCUACGGGAGACGCUAGUAGCCAAGGACUUGGAGCAAGCGUCCCGGAUCGCCUACGGAACCACGAGAUAUCGAGUCGUUUCCCUGCAGGGAGAUGUAAUCGAAAUUGCCGGCACGAUGUCGGGCGGCGGGCGCAGCGCGAUGCGCGGCCGCAUGGCGCGCGCCGCGCCCGCGCCCGACGCCGACCCCGCCGCGCUGCGCGGGGCCGAAGAGCGUCUGCAGCGCGUCGACGCCAGAUUAAUCGAACUGCGCAGUGAACAAACGAAUCUAGAAGAUUCUCUAGUGUCCGUCCAGAGGAGCACGCGCGAAGGGAAGACGUCGCUACACAAGUUGGAUAUAGAGUUGAAGAGUUUGACAGAACAAGUCCCCACUUUAAAGAAUCAAAUAAAACAACAAGAAAGUAAAGUAGCUUCGAGUAAAGUAGACAAGAGACGUACGGCUAAAUUGGAAGAGAAUUUAAAAAACGCUGAAGAGAAGUUGGAGAAAGCGAAGCAUGAUGCCGGAGAAGUAGAAAAAGAAGUGCAAGGCGUCGAUGUUCAAAUAUCAGCGGUAGCGGGUAACAAAGUCAGGGAUCUACAGAAGAAUGUCGAUGAAUUGACGAAGAAAAUCGACAAAAUAUCAACAGAGAUCACUAAAUUACGUGUCGCUAUCAAUACUAGUAUAAGGAAUGCUAAAAAGUCAAAGGACAAAAUCAAUCAAAUGGAGGCAGAUCUGAAGGAAACGGAGAAGAAUUUAGAAAAUUUAAACACUCAGAAGAAACAACUCAGCCUUGACAGCGCGCAGAUGCAAAAGGAAUUCGAGGAGCUGGAAGAACAAAUUAACGAAGGGACGGCCGAAUUUUCUGGUCUUCGACAAGAAAUCGCUAAACUACAAAGCAAAGAGACCAAGGCGAAAACCGAACGACUUGAAGCGAAUAAUGCAGUCACCAAAAUGGAGAAAUCUGUCCAAGAUUGUACAACGAAAAUACCUAUGUGGGAGAAGGAGCUUACAACUAUCAAACUUGAAGAUCCAGGUCUCGAUGGGGUCCCGGGCAUCGAACGGCCGACCCCAUUGAUUCGUCAUACAGCUGAAGAACUUGAAGAGGCUCAGGUCGAUGAACUUAGGAACAGACUGGCAGCGCAAAAGGCCAGAAUUGGUGAAAAUAAACCGAACGUACAGGCGAUACAGGACUACAGAACUAAGGAGGAGCUAUAUCUCAGACGGGCAGCGGAACUAGACGAUAUAACGACGAAGAGAAACGAAAUGAGAGCUCUGUACGAUCAGCUGAAGAAAAAACGGACAACUGAUUUCCUGUGCGGUUUCAACACAAUAACGAGUAAAUUGAAAGAAAUGUACCAAAUGAUAACACUCGGAGGUGAUGCUGAGCUGGAACUUGUCGAUUCAUUGGAUCCUUUUACGGAGGGAAUUAUUUUCAGUGUACGGCCACCAAAUAAAUCGUGGAAGAACAUAUCCAAUUUGUCUGGAGGGGAGAAGACUUUAUCGUCUCUGGCUUUAGUGUUCGCAUUGCAUUAUUACAAACCGACGCCGUUAUAUGUUAUGGAUGAAAUUGAUGCCGCCUUGGACUUUAAGAAUGUGUCGAUAGUUGCAAAUUAUAUUAAGGAACGCACGAAAAACGCACAGUUUAUCAUAAUAUCUCUAAGAUACAACAUGUUUGAAGUCUCCAAUCGCCUCGUCGGUAUAUACAAAACUGAAGAUUGCACCAAGUCAGUUACAAUAGAGAACAAAUUGCCUGAACAAACAGCGACGGACGUCAUGACUUAGUUAUAAGUUUCGGGGUCUUAGGAAGGCAUGUCUUAACUAUGAAAAGCCCUGUGCGUGUGAAUGCUACCGACAAAUAUCCGACGUCUAUUUUCAAGGAACUAUUCGUUCUGCUUACGUAUGCCAAAAAUGUCUGCUAGGCGAAAAAUGAAUAGCGUUCCGUUAUAAAGUCGUAACUCAAAAACGAUCAGUUAGAAAAAGUAAAUUUGAUAUAUUUUUUGAAUAAAACUUCUUUCUUAAUUGUUAAUUUUUUUAAAUAAGAAUAGUACCUUAUAUGAUAUAUGAGAUAAUUUUCUAAAAGUAUUUAAAUAACCCACCAAUGAAAGAAGCAUGAAGUCGUGUAGCGUUUGUAAAAAACACAACAAAUAUGUGGGGGGUGUUGAAUACAUCAUCCUUUUAAAGUCGUUUAAUGACGCCAUUCGGUACAAAAUAUGAUUGUCGCCAUAUACAAUAUGGUUUAUAUUGCGUUUUUUUAGUUGGCUUUUCUUUUACUCAAAAUUGUUUUUAUAAAUUGAAAUACAAAGAUUCAAUAUCAAUAUUGCAAAUGACAUUUUUUUUGAUACAAUUAUUUAACUUGGAACAUAUAUUAACACUUCUUAUAGACAAUUUCCAAAAUGAACAAGGUCAGUUAAAUAAUUUGAUUAAUACUGAACGCUCAUUGGUCGCCGAUGACGUCAUAACUCCGCAUUAUCCAAUGACCAUUCAGAUCAAUUUCAAUCAGAUUAAACAGCUCAGACAAACAGAAAUUAACAUUUUUAUAUGAUGGAUGGUAAAAUUUCAUUUAAUUCAUUAAAUUAUCUGCAAAUAAUACAAUUAAUUUGAUUCAUGUAGUUAUAAUUGUCAUUAAAAAUGCGUGCUUAUAUAAGCUUUGAGUGCUGCCAUUGUUAGAGUACAUUGUUUAGGUUAUGA